AUGGAUAACACUGUCUGUGAUCUAGCACCUAGAAAUACUCUCACUGUAGAAGAUAUUCUUUUAUUAGAGGCUCCAGUUGGUUAUGAGGAGGUAAAUGCUGUGGUGAUGGGGUUUCAUCCAGAUAAGUCUCCGGGUCCUGAUGGUUUUCCUGCAAGGUUUUAUCAAACCUUUUGGCAAGUGGUUGACAAGAAUGUGGUGGCUGUUGUGCAGAAUUUUUUCAGUUCUGGUACUAUGCCUUUGGGAAUUAGUAGCUGCUUCCUCACUUUGCUCCCAAAAGUUGGUAAUGCCUCCAAAGUAGGAGAAUUUAGACCAAUUGCUUUGUGUAAUCUGGUGUAUAAGAUUAUCACCAAAUUAAUGGCUAAUAGGCUAGCUCUUCUUCUGCCAAAACUGGUGGGGGUGGAACAGUGUGCUUUUGUUAAGGAUGAUCUCCUUGUGGCUUGCCAAGCUUCUAUUCACAAUGCCAGGGUUUUAUUUGAUAUUUUUAAGAAAUUUGAAUGUUUUACUGGUCUUCAAGUUAGCCCUAGCAAGAGUAGUGUGCUGUUUUCUAGGGCAGUUAGAAGGAAGACUGCUUUGCUUGAGUGUUGGAAUGUAAAGCUUUUAUCUGUUACAGGUAAAGUGGAGCUUAUUAAGGCUGUAGUUACCCCUAUUUUUCAAUAUUGGUGUUCUAUAUUUGAUGUUCCAGUGGCUGUCAUUAAUCAAAUUCAGAUAUUAUGCAGAGAUUUUUUAUGGGGCAGCAAGGAGCAUGCAAAUAAACUUCACUUGAUGAAAUGGGAUAUGAUCACUAGGCCUAAAGAUGAAGGAGGACUGGGCAUCAGAAAGUUAAUGGAUAUUCAGGUAGCAUCUAAAUGUGUGCUUGUGUGGGAUUUUCUGACUAGCAAAGAUAGGUUGUGGAUAUCGUGGUUUCAACAUAAGUAUUCUUCCAAAUGUAAUUAUUGGUCUGCGAUUCCUAGGAUGUCAUCUUCUGUUGUGUGGAAAUCUAUGUUAUCAGUUAGAGAUAUCAUGCUGCAGCAUUGUGAGUUUCAAAUAGACACUGGGCAUAGUUUUUUGUUAUUCAAGGAUCCUUGGUGUGCAGGGCAGACUGUUGUUGCUAAGUUUGGGCAUAGGAUGAUAAGAAGUUUACAGAUACAGCGAGAUGCUCCUUUGAGUUCCUUAAUUCAGAAAGGGGCUUGGGAUUGGCAGUUGUUGUAG